GCAACAAAGAUUCCUCUGUUUUCUAGGGUUCCAUUCAUUUCAACAAACCCCAAAUCUCAUCUUCUUCUUCUUCUUCUUCAUCUCUCUCUGUAAUAAUCGGCGAAUUCACCGGCAUGUGCUCGUUACUUCUCCGGCAGACAUCAUUUCAGCUCUCCGAUUAGGUUGAAAUUUAUUAUGAGUGCUGGACGAAUCCAGUUACCAGUUUCUGGAUUUUGUAGGCUGUCACAAACCGUGAUUGGGUGGGGGAUCCACUUAACAACCCGUUUAUAAGAAUUAGCUAUGCAACUUGGUGGAGCAAAAGACUCCCAAAAUCGUGACAGCAGUAACCAGAAGGUCCAUCCUCAACCUAUGGAAGAAGCUGCAAACCAAAAUCCCGAAGCUGUUGAAGCUUUAGUUUCAAAAAUAUUCACAAACAUCUCUUCACUAAAAUCCGCUUACAUUCACUUGCAAGCCGCCCAUACACCUUACGACCCCGAAAAAAUCCAAGCUGCAGAUAAACUCGUAAUUUCCGAACUCAAAAAGCUAUCCGAACUUAAACAUUUUUAUCGAGAGAACAACCCGCGACCAACGUACAUAUCACCUCAAGAUUCCCGUUUGGCUGCUGAAAUUCAAGAGCAACAAAGUCUUUUAAAGACGUAUGAAGUUAUGGUAAAGAAAUUCCAGUCGGAAAUUCACAACAAAGAUUCCGAAAUUCUUCAAUUACAGCAGCAUAUUCAAGAAGCAACUCAAAAACGUGCGAAACUGGAAAAGAAUCUCAAACUGAGGGGUUUAUCAUCGUCUUCGAAAGAGUCUGAGGGCUCGGUUGAUGAAAACGAAACGUUAUCGACAGAUUUGACUCCUGAGCUUUUUAAGUCAACAGUAGAAAUUGCUUCCAAAGCGAUUCAUGAUUUUUCUAAACCGUUGAUCAAUAUGAUGAAAGCUGCCGGUUGGGAUCUUGAUGCGGCUGCGAACUCGAUUGAACCCGAUAUCGUUUAUGCAAAACGAGCACACAAGAAGUACGCGUUUGAAUACCAUAUUUGUCAAAAGAUGUUCAGUGGGUUCCAGCAACAACACUUCGGGUUAAAGUCAGAAAACGAUUCUAGCACGAGUAAAGAAAGCUUUUUCCAGCAGUAUCUUGCCUUACGCGAAAUGGAUCCGCUUGAUUCGGUCGGGCAAAACCCGGAUUCGGACUUUGGAAAAUUUUGCAGGAGCAAAUACAUAUUGGUGGUUCAUCCGAAAAUGGAAGCUUCGUUUUUCGGUAAUUUGGAUCAUAGAAACUACAUAAUGGGCGGUGGUCAUCCGAGGACACCGUUUUAUCUAGCGUUUUUAAAGUUAGCGAAAGCGAUCUGGCUUUUGCACCGUUUAGCCCACUCGUUUGACCCGGAAAUCAAGGUUUUUCAAGUGAGUAAAGGAAGUGAGUUUUCGGAAGUUUAUAUGGACAGUGUGGUGAAGAAUUUUGUUGUGGAUGACAACAGUGAGAAGCCGAAAGUGGGUUUGAUGGUGAUGCCUGGUUUUGGGAUCGGUGGAAGUGUGAUUCAGUGUCGGGUUUACUUGACUGGAAUCAAGGAAAUCGAAUAGAGAAGGUGGUUAUAUGUUUCCUGGUUGUCUCGAAAUUGGUAGUAAGAUGAAAUGUGAAUGUGUUUCUUGGUGUGUUAUAAUGUUUGUUUUAAUUUAAUGUAUGUGUAGUUGGUUUGUAUCAUACCAACUUAUGAAUGAAAAUGAAAAUGUUGUGUUGUAUUAUCCAAUUGGGCUUCUUUUGCAAGUUAUUUGUUCCUAUGAAA